UUUAUUUCGCGUUUGAAAACGCCGGACACUUGUUUCUCGUGCUCUACGCUUGGAAUAUUAAUUAAAUCUAAAUUUAUAUAGCCUAUUGACAAAAUGUCACUCAAUAACACCAGUAAGCCCAUGAAUCCCAACGAGUUUCUGGUGAUUCCCAAAUGGAUAAAUGAGGAAUACUUUCGUCCCAUCCUCGAGAAAGAUGUAAGCGACUUUGUAACCAUAAAAAACUGUACACCCAUUGCGGCAACACAACCCGGUGAAAACUACACAUCGAUUAUGGUGCGUGUCGUCAUCGACAUUGAGCUCAAAGAUGGCAGUGAGCAGCAGAUAUCAUACAUAUUGAAGACAAUGCUGGAUGCGAAUAAGGGCGGCGAUAUUGUAGCGGGCAUGAAUUUGUUUCCUAAAGAAAAACAAAUGUACGAGGUGCACAUUCCUAACUAUAUCAAGCUCUACAAAGAGGCGGGAUUGGACAUUGAACUGGCGCCCAAAUGCGUGCACGUUGAAAACACUCCGGAGCGCAUAACCCUCGUGCUGGAGGAUCUAAAGCGUCAGAAAUUUCACAAUAUCGAUCGCCUCAAGGGAUUGGACAUGCCCCAUAUGCGUCGGGUGCUACGUAAACUGGCCGAGCUGCAUGCCGCCUCAGCGGUGAAUUUUGAACAGAACGGACCCUACGCCGAUAUGUACUAUGAAACGUUUUAUAUGGAGAAUAAUCGGCCAAUAUUUGAGGCGCUUGGACAAAUGCGUAUGGAGCAGUAUUUCAAAGCCAUGAGAGAGUGGCAACUGCCGGAUGCAGAGAAAUAUAUUGCGAUGGCUCCAUCUGUAAAACAGUUUUUUGAUAACGCAAUUGCCUUGAACAAAGUGGACGAGACCGAGUUCAAUUGUCUAAAUCAUGGCGAUCUUUGGUGCAACAAUAUAAUGUUCGCGGAUGAGGGAUCGGUGGAGCGCACAUUAUUUGUGGAUUUGCAAGUUGGAAAAUGGGGCUCCCCAGCACAAGAUCUUUGGUAUUUCAUUACAACCUCGGCUGCGCUUGACAUUAAGAUCAAGGAAUUCGAUCAUUUCAUCAAAAUAUAUCACGAGCGUUUGGUGGAAUGCCUCAAAUUGCUGAAAUACUCGAAGCACAUUCCAACGCUGCGAGAAUUACACGUAACGAUGAUAAAAUACGGCAAUUGGGGCCCUUUGACGGCGAAUGGAGUUUUGGUUGCCGUGCUCCUGCCCUCUGAUAAGGACUCCAGCAUUGAUAUGAUGAUGACCCCGGGACCCGAAGGCGAUGCCUUUCGCUACAAGAGCUUUAUCAAUCCCUACUACGCCAAGGCGAUGCUGCAAUUGUAUCCGUUCUUUGAAAACAAGGGGCUGCUAUAGGAAUAUUAGCUUUAUAUAUGUUUAAUCAUUGUGUGAUACUAAUAUUACAUCAUAUAAAUGAAAUAAAA